GCUAGUUUUGCCUCCCUUAAAGGAAGGAAGGAUGGAUCACAACUAUACUAGAUAGUGCAUCUAACCCCCUUCACUUUGCAAACCGGAAGCAUUCAAAUCCAAAACAUUUUGGGUUUUUACGGGUCAAGUGUUUACCGCGGGAUUCAAAACAGUAACUUCUGGAUUACAAUUUAAGAAUGCAAUUCGUUUCAAUUGAUUGGUAGAUCAGUGAGUAGUGAACAUUUCUGCGAUUAAAAUAAUGAUUGAAACAUUUGAUUAUAUCCGUUACCCUCUUAUCACCUAACUUGUUUAGAAUGAGAUCACAGAGCGUAAACUGGUAACUCCAAACAACGCAGCUUUGUUUACCACAUUGACAGUGCUGCACCCAUGCCCAGGGUCAAGGUAACAUAACCCUUGGCCUGGUACCUCGUAUCGCCACGCUGCCGUCAGUGCAAACGACCACAGUUUUUGUCUGCGGGAAUUCUGUUUGACAAACAUCCCCUCACCAACAUCACGUACGACCCUUCUGAAUGCCAUAAAAAUCCGCCGAUUCGGGCGUGCCGCCCAACUGUCGGUCCACAGCCGUCCGUCUAGAGAGUGUGAGAGUUUCGCGUCCGGAUGUCCCAAAAGUGAUGAUCAUCAUGCGUGCACUCGUCGGAACGGUUCUGCUGAUAGCGGUGAUGCUGGUGUCGAUCGUGCUGAUCAACGCCAACACGAGACCAGUUAGGGGUGCUGCUGGUAGCAAGGAGGUGAAGGAGAAGAGUUCAACGGGAGCGGUUCACGGCCAGCACGAGUCACGGGUGGAGAUCGAUGUGGUCGAAUCGUUUGAGGAUGCUGAGGGUGGUGAUGGUGAAGUUGGAACGAGCGUCGUUGAAAAGGUGUCGGAAGAGGUGGUUCAGGAGGACAAGGAAGGUCGACUGAUCAGCGCGAUCAAGAAGAGUGGCAAACAGGUGGCCACUCCGCAGGCAGUGCUGGUAGAAAUCGUUCGUGACGAUGAUAGUGAUGAGGUGGUGGAACUGGCGGAGGGAGUUGUGGAAGAAGUGCUGUUCACGGACGGGUUCACCGUCGACAGUCACGAGGACGCAACGGAUGCUGCUCGAAACGAGACUGCUGGCACUGAGCAGACCGAGCAAAGUGUGGAAGACGACGUUGGGGAGAUCGAGAUUAUAGAGGUUGAUACUGAGGGAAAACCUGAGGAGACUCGCUUGGAGUCCAAGCCAGUGCAGGAGAUCAAGACACGAUCGAAGGAAGCUCGAGUUAUUUCAACUACUGAGGCACAACCAGCAAGCGUUCCCAUGGGGUACGAACCAAGCAGCUACAUCAUCAUGGAUGAGGAACCCUUGGUUGAGAUUUCUCAAGAUUCCGAAAGUGAAGAUGAAGACCUUGACCCGACAGAGUCCGAUGCCGGUACCAAAACUUUGGAGCGUAAGCAACGACAUGCCGAUGGAACCCCAGAGACGAUCAUCCUGAACAAGGUUCCCAUCAUUCCCUACAUCAAGGAUGAGAAAAGACCAGUGUCUUCUCAUCAGAGCAAACCUCUGAAAGGCUACCGGUUGACCAAACGUGACCUCACGUCUCAACACGACCCCGACCAUGGCCACAUCCGGCACCACCACCACCACCAUCAUCACCAGCAGGGUCUCCAGAAUCCCUCCGUGUACAACCCGUACAACUGGGAAAAACAGAACAUGAACGAGCUACGGUUCCCGCAGUGCGCCGCCUGCCAGAAAAAGUCUGUUCCGGUGUGCCGGACCUGUGGCCAGUGCGCCGAGUGUUGCCACAAGAGCGGGUGCACCUGCGGGUGCUUGCAUCCGUGA